CUUUACGGUUUGGGAAAUAGCACGAAAAAGAUCAGGAAGUAGGUUGCUGAGUCAGAACUGUUUAAGCAAGACUGAAGACUUUCCACUAAAUGCACAUAUUGUGCAGCUACCCUCAUCCGAGGGUGUGGCAAGUCAAGAAACACGAAAGGUGCAACUAUGUGAGGCUGUCAGGUUGCUCAAGCUUCCAACAAGUCCUCAACAACCUCAAAUGAAGAACUAAGAUCACGAAAAUGAUGAAACAUAAGGGUACCCAAGUGAAAGAUGUCAUCAUUAAGCCUGAGGCUCCCAGCACACUGCAGCUGGACAAACAUGCAGAUUACAUCGCUGCCUACGGCUAAAAGGAUGACUAUGAGUACACGCUGUCAGAGUACCUGAGGAUGAGCGGCAUCUACUGGGGGCUGACUGUGAUGGACCUGAUGGGGCAGCUCCCCCGGAUGAACCGCCAGGAGAUCAUAGACUUUAUCAAAGCCUGUCAGCAUGAGUGUGGAGGCCUCAGCGCUAGCAUUGGACACGACCCCCACCUGCUCUACACCCUAAGCGCCGUCCAGAUCCUUUGUUUGUAUGACAAUGUGGAUGCGCUUGAUGUGGACAAAGUGGUGGAGUACAUUAAAGGGCUGCAGCAGGAAAAUGGCUCAUUUGCAGGGGACAAAUGGGGAGAAAUAGACACAAGAUUUUCUUUCUGUGCUGUUGCUACACUUGCAUUACUGGGCAAGAUGGACUCAAUAAAUGUUGACAAAGCUGUAGAGUUUGUCUUGUCCUGUAUGAACUUUGACGGAGGUUUUGGCUGCAGACCUGGUUCAGAGUCUCAUGCUGGUCAGAUAUACUGCUGCUCUGGCUUCCUGUCGCUCACAGGGCAGCUUCACCAGGUGAACGCUGACCUGCUGGGCUGGUGGCUCUGCGAGAGGCAGCUGCCGUCCGGAGGCCUCAAUGGACGACCGGAGAAGCUUCCAGAUGUUUGCUACUCGUGGUGGGUUUUGGCAUCGCUGAAAAUCAUUGGUCGGAUCCACUGGAUCGACAAGGCCAAGCUGCGAUCGUUUAUUCUAGCUUGUCAAGAUGAGGAGACCGGAGGCUUUGCCGACAGGCCGGGAGACAUGGUGGAUCCUUUCCACACUCUGUUUGGAAUCGCAGGGCUCUCCCUCCUCGGAGACGAACAGAUCAAGCCAGUUAAUCCGGUCCUCUGCAUGCCGGAGGAUGUCCUUCAGAGGCGUGACCUGCAGCCUGACCUCCUCAGCUAGCCCUCUGUCAUCAUCCCCCACACACCCACACACACUCGUACACAGCUGCCCUGCUGAACAACCCCACUCCCACGGCUGGAUGUCGGGAGCAGAGAGCGGAGCACCACACAUCUUAGUGUUAGCUACAGACACAUUCUAGAUGCAGGAUUUGGUCUCUGCUCACGAAGGACAAGUCACUUUUGUUGUUUUUACUUCGAGAGGACGGUUUGGAAAAAAUGUUUUGAAGUGUGA